GCCCCCUGUCCCUUUCAGGUUUAAAAGCGUGUGUGUCACGCGCUGACAGGACUUUCCCUCACAGGGAGCUCAUUAAGGUUUCGCUGUGAGAAACAAACCUACUUCCACCUCUUCCUCUCGGAACAGACGAUCAGAACGACAACAUGCGCGAGUGUAUCUCCAUCCAUGUGGGCCAGGCUGGGGUCCAGAUGGGCAACACGUGCUGGGAGCUGUACUGCCUGGAGCACGGCAUCCAGCCGGAUGGUCACAUGCCCAGCGACAAGCCCACCGGAGGCUACGAUGACUCCUUCACCACAUUCUUCAGUGAGACGGGCACGGGGAAAUACGUCCCUAGGGCCAUCUUCGUGGAUUUGGAGCCAACCGUUAUUGACGAGGUCCGAACUGGAACCUAUCGUCAGCUUUUCCACCCCGAGCAGCUGAUCUCAGGGAAAGAGGAUGCUGCCAACAACUACGCCCGAGGCCACUACACCGUCGGAAAGGAGCACAUCGAUUCUGUCCUGGACAGGAUCCGCAAACUGUCUGACCAGUGUACAGGGCUCCAAGGUUUCCUGGUCUUCCACUCCUUCGGAGGAGGUACUGGUUCUGGCUUCACCUCACUGCUCAUGGAGCGCCUAUCGGUAGACUUUGGCAAGAAGUCCAAGCUGGAAUUUGCCAUCUACCCAGCUCCUCAGGUGUCCACAGCUGUGGUGGAGCCCUACAACUCCAUCCUGACCACUCACACCACCCUGGAGCACUCUGACUGUGCCUUCAUGGUGGACAAUGAGGCCAUCUACGACAUCUGCCGCAGGAACCUGGAUAUUGAGCGUCCAUCUUACACCAACUUGAAUCGUCUCAUUAGUCAAAUCGUGUCCUCCAUCACUGCCUCCCUGCGCUUUGAUGGUGCGUUGAAUGUGGACCUGACAGAGUUUCAGACCAACUUGGUGCCCUAUCCUCGUAUCCACUUCCCCCUGGCCACCUACGCCCCUGUCAUCUCAGCAGAGAAGGCCUAUCACGAGCAGCUGACCGUGGCAGAAAUUACCAACUCUUGCUUCGAGCCAGCCAAUCAGAUGGUGAAAUGUGAUCCCCGUCAUGGCAAAUACAUGGCCUGCUGCCUGCUGUACCGUGGUGACGUGGUGCCCAAAGAUGUCAACGUGGCCAUCAGUAAUAUCAAAACUAAACGCACCAUCCAGUUUGUGGAUUGGUGUCCUACUGGCUUCAAGGUGGGCAUCAACUACCAGCCCCCCACUGUGGUUCCUGGGGGUGACCUUGCCAAGGUGCAGAGAGCCGUGUGCAUGCUGAGCAACACCACCGCCAUCGCUGAGGCCUGGGCCCGACUGGACCACAAGUUCGACUUGAUGUACGCCAAGAGGGCCUUCGUCCACUGGUACGUAGGGGAGGGGAUGGAGGAGGGCGAGUUCUCCGAGGCCAGGGAGGAUAUGGCUGCCCUGGAGAAGGACUAUGAAGAGGUUGGCGUUGACUCAUUUGAAGAGGAUGAAGAGGGAGAAGAGUAUUAGACCCAAAUCCAUCUGACCAUAGAUGUGAUGUCCUGACGUGCUGCAUAUUGGCAGUUCUACGAAUCCUAUGGUGUUUGGUUUCAUUGAAAAAUAGUUCUUGAAAGACCGUUUUUUUUUUUUUUUGGUUUGGUUUUUUUUAAAAUAAAGCUGUUUACACCUACAA